UACUGCGUAGCCCCCGCCUUCCUUGGCCCUUGUUUUGACCGGCGAAAUAGUGUGGUUUGGACAGUUUGGAAGAGAAACGUGAGGGCCUAUCGCCCUGUGACGCCCUUCGGUGGCGUUGCCUGGGGAUUCUCCUCAGCGAAACAAAGCUCGGAGCCAUCCUUGCCCUUUCCUGGUAGUCGGAUGCGGCGUUUAAUGUAAAGGUUACCGGGUUGGACCUGGCUGUGAAGUGCGUUGCUGGUUAUCUUUCGUGGAGAUCAUACUGAAACAAGAUGGAAGCGCAACUUGGGGCAGGAGGCCCCAUUAUGAUGCAAACAGUAACAAACUCUGCAGGUCAGCAAGUACAGGUGGUCCAAGUGAAUCCAGGCCAAGUGCUAGCUGGUGGUCAACAGAUAAUGGUUCAUGCUGUUCCACAAGCACAACAAACAAUACAACUGGCUACACAGAGUGGGCAGGGACUUCAACAACUGCAAGUAGUCCCUAUUUCUGCUUUGCAGGGUGGUGCACAACAACAAAUCCUUAUUCAACAACCUCAGCAAGCUCAAAUAAUACAAAUGCCAGAUGGGAAUACAUACAUCUGUCAACCUAAUCCAGUUGAAAGUGCUGUUCAACAACCCACAUUAUUUAAUAUCAAUGGGAAUAUUGUUCAAUUGGCUGCCGCCCCUGCAGCUCAGCCAGCUCCCCAAGCUGCCCCUCUAGCCAGUCCGACACCUGCAGCUGUUCCAGUGCAACCUGUUGCUGGUGUUAAUGGAAAUAACAUUGUCAUGAUGAUGCCUGGUGGAAGCUCUAGUGGAGUGACACAAUUUUCCCGGCUUCCACUAGCUGGUGCAGAUAUUCUGGAAGAGGAACCUCUUUAUGUUAAUGCCAAGCAGUACAGAAGAAUUCUGAAAAGACGCCAGGCACGUGCAAAGCUUGAGGCAGAAGGCAAAAUUCCCAAGGAAAGACCUAAAUACCUCCACGAGUCACGACAUCGACAUGCCAUGAACCGUAUCAGAGGAGAAGGUGGCCGCUUUCAUUCAGGCUCUGUUAAGAAAAAGAAACUUAUGAUGAUGGAGGAAGAACGUCAGCGUCAGCAACAAAUGCAGCAGCAAGAUGUUACUCAACUGUGUUUAUCAUGAAGAUCUAUCUAAGGUGUUCAUCCUUGGAAGGCCAUGAGAUUGAGUUGACCCGAAUUUCUAUCAACUUGUGUAUCAUAAUUUUAAGUUUAGAACCUGUUAAUGAAGUUACCAAAAUAAUUUAGUUAAUUCUUUAUCCAGAGGAAGAAGUGAAGGCUAUUACUGUUAAGAUCACCAAUGCCGUUUUGCAUACUGUGUAUGCUUUUGUGUACCUGUUAUCACUUGUUAGUGUUUUCCUUUGUGUUCACUUGCAUCUUUUGACUGGGUUUGGACUGCAGAUAGCAUAUGGUUUGCUUGAGGAAGAGCAUAGGGCUGGUUAUCAUGCCUCUUAUGAUAUGGUUCAAUGGGGAGCCAAAAUUUUGUCAAACCUCAGAUUACAGAUAACUGUGAUAAAGCUAAUGGAAUAUGCUAAAGACUUGAAUGCAAACAUAGAAUUCUUUUCUGAUUUUCUUUACAAAAAGAAAGAAAAAAGUUUUUGCGUUACGAUUGGUUGCCUAAGUGUAAUACUUGUGGUUUUUCCAACUUACUUGCCUUCCCUUUUUUUUCAAACUUUUUUUCUACAUCUCUGUAACUUUAUUGCACUUUUCAUACAAAUAUGAAUGUUCAUGAUAAGUCAUUUGGCAAGAAAGAGAAGAAUUCUUGAUACAUGUGUUUAUUUACUUACAAGUGUCAAAUGGAGUUAAGUGAGCAUGAGAGCCUGAAUCCAUUUUAUCAUAAAACUGUUAUUCUUUUGUAAAAUUGCAACUAUGUAUAAUUACCCGCAAAAUCUAAAUGUUUUCUUCUUUCCUGUCUUAUUAAAUUUGCUGGUAUGUAGUGGUAAACUGGCAUGAGAAGACAUGCAAAAUAAUCUAGAGGAAUUUCUCUCAUGAUUUUCUUAUAUAUUUUUUCUGUGCGAGGAGAAGAGUGUCUCUAACAUCCUCUUUCUGGCUUUUCUCCUCCCUUGGAGGCUAAGUUUGAUGAGACUAUGCAAUUUAGGAGUAAACCAUUGCAAAUAAACAAAUUAAAACGUAA